GGCUGUAACAACAGGUAAGUUACAUUUCGGCAGGCCGUUUGCUCGGCAACUCGAUAAAGUAUUCAAUCCAAAGUAAAGAAUGUUAGUUAUCGCCAUAAAACUGUGAACCUUAGAUACUGUUCAAUCUAUUGAAUUCGGAUUGAAGCUACACAAAAAUGCAUCCUUGUUAUAAUUCCUCGUCUAUGUUGUCUCCAUCUACUGUCACUACUUUUCAUUCAUCACAGUCAUUAAGUUCACCAUCCCAAUCAGCAUAUCAUCAGUCCUCAACACAUGAUGUGUCCAAACCAAAUUCAAAUGAGCAGUAUAACUUGGCUCAUAGUCGACAUCAUCUUUAUCAAAAUGUGAUUCUUCCUAGCCCAUCUAUACAACGUUUUCCUAAUUCAUCAAGCAAUCACUUUACCCACUAUUCGCAAUCCCAUAUCCGAACAACUACUUCAUAUCCUUCUUAUGACUGUUUUCGGAACAAUUCUACACAUUCUCAACCGAAUAUUAGUAGUGGUUUGCCUAUUAUGGGCUAUCCAAUUGCACUCAAUUCUACAAAAAAUUAUGUUGUAUAUGAGACCAAAAAUGGUCCAACUCAGUCAAUAAUGAAUAAUACUGAUGAAACAUUACAAUAUACUAAUCCUUCUGUAAUAAUGAAUAUUCAGUCACAAAUUCCACAUUCCCAAUAUCGUGAAGUCAGUAGUCAACCUUCUAGGCGUCCUCGGCCACCGCCACCACCUCCACCGCCUCGUAGUGGCAGUUGGAUCGGUAAAAUAUCAGCUUCAGCACCUACAAUAAAUGAUAAUACAACGAGCCGACCAUGUAUUCAGUAUGAUCAUGAACCACCAUCUUCAUGCACUGAAAUCAAAGUGAACACAUUCUCUGAUAACCCCACUACUACUCAGUAUAUGAACCAACAAUCAUGUAUUAGUCAAACGUUCUAUACUAGUCCUUAUAACAAUACACAUUCAUCAGUUCCAAAUGGUUCCGUUGGAUUAAAUUCAUACUCGAACUUUAAUAUAAAAAAUCAAUCAUCUACUGAUACCAACUAUUCAAUUGAUAAUUCUCAUACUGAUAUACCAAUUUCAAAACGUUCUAUACAACAAGAACAUCAACAUAGAAGACAACAAUAUCAAAAUCAAUCUAUCAGAAUAUCAUCAUCAUCAUCUAAUGGUGAUAGUUGUCAACCAUUGACAUCGACGAUCAAUUCUUCGAUGACCAAUACAAAUAAUAAUUCCAAUGAACAACGACAACAGCAAAAUUGUCAAUAUUCAUCAAAACAAUCAUUCAAUAACAAUAAUAAUAAUAAUAGUCGUAAAGAAGUAAUUAAAGCAUUACUUAACUUAUUAAUAUGGCAUCAUCCAGAAACUAAAUUUACCGAAAAUAUGAAUCCAUCAGAAAUUCAUACAUUUCACAUAUUCCUAUUAAAUUGGUUAACUAAAACAGAUUGUUUACAAACUAUUCCAAUGAAUAUAAAUACAAAUAUGUAUGUGGCACAAUUUUCCCGUCGAAUAUUAACACAUUUAAUAAGAAUAUUAUAUAGUGAUACAGUUUAUGAAGAAGAAACUACAAUAGAUGAUGGUCAGACAAUUAAAGAUACUGAAGAUGAAGAAGAUACAAUGAAUGUAUUGACUAAUGAAAAAGAAGAUGAUGGUAUUAAUAAUAAUUCUAAUCUUAAUGAAUUUAAUCAGUCUUUGGUUUAUUCAUAUGGAAAGAACAACUGGACAAAAAUCGAUGAUAACAGAUCAGAGAAAACUUCCUGUUUAACAAACUAUACAAAUACGUCGAUUAACAAUGCUGACAAUAGUAGUCUUGUUAGUAAUAGCAAUAAUUUCAGUAAAAUUAAUUUAACUGAUUCCAAGAUUCUACCACCGAACACAUCUUUGAUGGAAUUGAAAGCUGCUGCUCUGGAGGCAAUUCAAAAACUUGCUCCAUUAUGUCAACCAGAUUCAAAAUUAUAUGGAAGAGAUAUGGGAAUUAUUCAAUUGUUAACUUCCAUUCAUAGUUACAGUUUAAAUUUAAGCGAACGUAUCGCGCAGACGAAUAAUAAUAAUAAUAUCAAUAUUGGUGAUAACGUUACUAAUAAUAAUGAAACCAUAGGAAAUACAAUGAUCAGUAGAAUGUGUAAUAAUAAUAAUAAUAAUACAAUGUUGAAUAUAGAGUCAUGUACUGUUUGUCCAGUUGCUGAAGUUGCUGCCUUAGUUCGUUUAUCAUUUGAUUCAAUGCAUCGAAAUGCUAUUUGUGAAUUAGGUGGAGUUCAUGCUUUAAUUUCUUUAUUACGUAUAGAACAAAUGAUGUGGUCAGAGUAUAUGAAUUCAUAUAAUAAUGAUACUAAUAGUAAUAAUAAUACUAACAAUAAAACAGUAUUACUAUUAUCAUCAACAUCAUCAUCAUCAUUUAUACAUAAUCAAAACUUUGUCACAUUACUAGAGAAUAGUUUAGCAUUGAGACGAUAUAUAUGCAUGGCUUUAACAAAUUUAACUUAUGCUGCACCAGAGAAUAAAGCAUUUAUUUGUAGACGUUUAGCUAAUUUGGAAGCAUUAUUAGCUCAAUUAGAAACAGGAAAUGAAGAAUUGAAACAGGUAUCAGCCAGUGUAUUACGCAAUCUCAGUUGGCGUACAGAUAGUAGAAGUAAAGCUGCACUUCGUCGUGUCUGCGCUGCUAAACGUUUAACUAUAGCUGCUAUGAGUGCACAACGAGAAAGUACUUUACGAACUACACUUAGUGCACUAUGGAAUCUUAGCGCUCAUUGUUCUCAGAACAAGCGAGCUGUAUGCAGUGUGGACGGUGUAUUUGCAUUUCUUCUAAGAAUGUUACGUCUUCAAAACCCUUCGCAAAAUCUGGUAAUUAUUGAAAAUAGUGGUGGUAUUUUACGUAAUAUAUCCACAAUUAUCGCUUCUCAUGAUGAUUAUCGGUGAGUUUUGUUUUCCUCUUUUUAAGUCAUUUAUUAUGUACUUGUUAUUUAGGUAGGAAAAAUAAUUCAAUGUCCAGUUUCAUUUUGGCUAUAUGUAGUCAUGCUUAGUUAUCUAAAAUUGCAUUCUCUAAAGGUGAUCACCUGAUAUAUUCGCUCAAACUAUGUUUCGGUACUCGCAGACCGUCCUCUUUUGACACUCGCGUGAUAAUUUUGAUCAGUGAUCAGAGAGAUCCUCGGUAGUAUGGUUUAAAUUUAGUCCUAAUGAAGAAAAUGAAUUCAUUCACUAUUAUUUCCUUAAAUCCUUAAGUUUCGAUAUCAUUUCAUAUUCUUCAUUCAGUGAAUGUACUCUGUAUUUCUAAACUCAAUAUUCUUUAUGUUUGACGUUUGUAAUGUCAUUGAUAUUACGUUCUUAAUGAGCCGACCUAGACGGAUAAACAUUUAUGCCAAUUCCUAAGUAGAUUAUGACUAUUCGGCUAAAUAACCAUCCGCAUACUAAAUGUAAACUUUAAUACUCAUGUAGUGAACUCAAGGGUGAGAAACUAAUUUAUUGUUUAAUUCAAAAUUACACAGCGGCUUAGUAAAAUAAGAAAAUCACACAUGAAAUACAUCAUUGGCACAUCUUUGCGUUGUUCCUUACAUACUACAUUAUUCCUUUAAGUCUGUUGUUAUUUUGAUUGCUCUCCGAUUUCCUUUCUGUUCUCUUCCAUUCAAUCAUCUGCUGCCCGGCAUAAAACUUCCGAUUGUGGUUACAUACUACUUAUAUCUGUCUUCAUAAGUUGCAUAUAUCACACUUACGGAUACUUUUAUGUACAGCUGUCAGUAAGUUAUUUUUAAUGUUUAGUUGUUAGAUUUAGGUGGAAUUGUGCAGCAAUGACUCGAUCAUUAAAUUUUUGAACACCGAUUCACAAGUUCAAACAGUCUUUUAAAUUUAUUUUCCUUUAAUCAACCGAGUGUCCUUAGUUUCUUCUCACAGUAAGUACAACUCCACGUCUGGCUUAAAACAUUUAUCUCCACAGUCAAUCCAAUAAACAAUCUUUUUGAUAAUUUAGUAGGAGUGUGAAUAUCGGUUUAAAAGUUGUAUAAGUUAGUUGAUUCCUCGUAAUGAAUAAAACUAUGCAUUCUCUCUCUCUCUCUCUCUGUGUGUGUGCUUAUUUAUGAUAAUGAAUGUGUUGUUAUCCAUUCUGUUUGUCUUUAGGUCUAUACUUCAUCAAAAUAAUGGUUAUCCAAUCCUAUUGGAACUAUUGCGUAAUCCACCAAGUUUAACAGUUGUAGUAAAUGUAUGCGGAACAUUAUGGAAUUUAACAUGUUCUUCCAUCAAUAAUGUAAACACUAUUCCAACUAGUAAUGGCAACAACAGUAACACUACUACUAAUAAUAGUAUCACCAAUAGUUAUAAUGAUCGUUUGCUUCUUUUACACUUAGGUGCAUUAGAUUUAAUACAACAGCUAACUCAGUCCAAACAUGAUUUAAUACGUACUAGUUCACUGGCUGUCUAUCGUAAUCUAAUACAGACAGAUAAAUCUACUAAUCAGAAUCAUUUGAUUCCACCAAUAUGUAAUUCAGAUCAAGUUAAUUCACAAGAAAAUCAACUCAGUGAGUCAUCAUCGCCGGUAACAAAUAGUAUGACCAUAAAUUCUCAUGAUCAUUUGGUAAGUAAUGAAAUAAAUGCAUGCAGUACUACUGAUGGUCGUAGUAGUGGUGGUGAUACAUCCUAUAAUGUCAAUAAUUCAGCACAGACAAAUGGAGAACAACAGCAACCAACAUGUAAACGUCGUGUAUCAUCAAGAACAUCUAGACUUCGUUUUGGUCUAUUAUCUGUAGUAUUUGAAGCAGAAAGUGACGAUGAACUAGACGAUGAUGUUGAUGAUGAUGUGGAUGAAACGGAAGAUGAUGAAGUAGAGGUGGAAAAUGAAGUUGAAGGUCAGACUACUGAACAAAAUCACUGUAUUAAUGAAUACAAUGAACAAGUUGAAUAUGAGCCAAAUAACAACCUAUGCUUAUAUUAUCGAGGUGGAAUACCUAUUAGUGACCAUUCUAACUAUCGAGAUAUCGCUGUGAAAACAUCAAGUAACCGAAAUUCAGAAAGCUUAUGUGAUUCUCAACUUAUGUUGCCUGAAUCGACCAAUCAUCAACAUCAUUUACCAAAUUGGUACGAUGAAAUAAAUUGUCAUGGACAUCAUCAUGAUAAUCGUCGUGGUAAUACGGUCGUUGAUGCAGCAGCAGAUGAUGAACAAACAUGUGUUUAUGCUGAAGAAGGUACACCUUUUCCAUCGAAUUCAGCAACUGCAUCAUCUUUGGAGUUGAAUAGAUCUGAUGAACAGUUCUUAAUGAAUAAAGCAAAUACUAAUUUCAAUACUGUUAAUGAUGUACAUAUAAAUCAUAAUAAUAGUAACGAUAACGAUACAAUACAUCGUAAUGUUCCAAUAUUGAUUUAUCGAAAUGACCCAAUUCCUCAUGUUUAUGCUAUUGAGGGUACACCAUCGAACUGUGAUAGUAACUUAAGUCAUGAGGAUAGUAUAAAUGGCAGUGAAGUUCAUUUGAAUACAAUUGGAUUCAAUCGCCCCCAAAAAAUGAAUUUUCUACCUCAUUCCGAUAUUGUGAAUGAACAGGAGGAUAAUGCCUACCUGCCCUCACCACCAGAAGAUAUCUCGAAUCUUGUCUCUCCAUUAACAUCAAUGAAUUUAGAAGUAGAAAGUGAUCAAUGUGUAACUUGUCAUUUCCCUAUGCCACCUCCACCAGCAUCUUUUCCAAUAGUUCGUAAAGAAUCUGAACUGACUGAUAGACAAAGUGAAUUAUUCUCUUCUAAACAAACACCGUUGGUAUUCUCACGUGGUACAUCAUCAUGUAUAUCUUCGUUGGACUUGGAAGUUCCAUUUAACGGAUAUCAAUCAUCACCGGAAAGUGAAUAUUCUAGUCAACAAAAAAGUAGUAAUAGCAGAGAGAGAAUAAGUUGUGAAUUAAUGUCAAUUAAUCGUAAUGAUGAAGAUAACGGUAGUAGUAGUAGUAAUAGUAGUAGUAGUAAAGGUAGU